UCUGCUUUCGUGCUCCUUUUUGCCACAGCCAACUUAAACCAAUCCCUAAACUCCCAUACAUUAGUGUUGGGACCAAUACGCGUCUAUGCACCGCCAGAGGAGUCUGUGCACUUAGCUGUUUUCACCAUGUUCACCGCAUUCAUUCUCCUUUCAAUUACACACUUUUUGUACCUAAUCUGCUGUAAACUUUAAUCCUAGAUACAAACUUUUUCACUUGCUCCACUUUUUCUCCUCCAAUCGACAUAUUCUGUCAUUACCUAAGUCAUUUUUGUAAAAGUAUAAAAACAUGAAUAUUUAAAACGAAACAUUUUUAAUAAGUUGUAUUUUGAUAGUUUUUUGAUCUUUGAUACAAGAGGUUUUAAUUAAUAAACGUGAAAAUGACUGAAACGGAUGCUACCAAUGUUCCUUUGACGAUGCCGACAAAGUUCAUUCCAUAUUUACAAAAAAAAAGACUUUACGUACUAUUUCAAGAUAUAAUGCGGGAACUCAUCCUGAACCUGCCGAAGGACCACCUGAAGUUCAUGAAGGUGUACCUGAAUCGCCACGUGCUGGCGAACAGGGAGCCUGAUCGCAUCAUGUUGCUGGUCACGCCUGGGCUUCGAGUCGAUAAGAAGAGGCUUGCCAAAGACUUGAUAAAGGCGAUCGGAUUGUUCGUUAUCACACGUCGCUGUGUGAUGGAUCGUUACGAAAAGCACGAUGACUACGAGCCCGGCUGUAUAUCCCCCGUCCUCAUGUCUGAGGUGACCAAGAUGCUGACCCUGAAGGAUCCAGUGCCCAUGACUGGGUGGCUUAUGUUUGACCAUCCCUGUACUGUCCGCGAGGCCCGCUGUCUCCAGCAAGAUGGCGUACUUCCGUCCGUGACGCUCCUCCUGUCGCCCCCGCCUGCGCAAGCGCCUGCGACCGACAAGCCGCAUACGCCAGCAAGAGUGUUCUUCGACCAAGAUUUCGAAGGGCUCAAGUACGCCUAUAAAGCCACACUGAAGGAAGUGUAUAUUGAAUCCACGGACGACCCAGAGAAGAUCAUGCGAAAAUGUUUCGACGCGGUGACGGCCUCGGUCGCGGGGCUGCAAGGUCCGGGCCAGGGGCACGCGGUCGUUGGCGCCCCCGGCGUAUACCGAGUACUUCUCAUCGGCCCGAGGGGCGCAGGGUGCCGCACACAGGGGACUAUGCUUGCCAAGCAUUUUGGAUUAGUCGAGCUUCAAUUUCAGAGCCUUUAUAACGAGGCUUUAGGAAAGCAGGACGAUAUUGGCGAGAAGUUGAGGAGUUACGGGUCCACUGUUCAGCUCAAGAUAGAGAUCGUCAAGCGGCGACUGUUGCAGAAGGACUGCAUCGACCACGGCUGGGUAUUGACUGGGUACCCCAACAAUGGUAUUGACUUCGAGAACUUGGACAACCUCUCCACGCCUCCUAACCGAGUAAUCUUCCUGAAUGCCGACAUAGACACAUGUAAGAAUCGCCUGCUGUCCCAGGGCAUCGACUGGUGCACCGGGCGCCCUGCCGUGCCGGGCUCCGGACCCAGGGUGUAUUAUCAUCCCAGGGAUUUUGAGGAGAACAUUGAGUAUGAGUUGGACACUUAUUUCUCGGAGGCACUGGCAGAGAUGCGAGCAGCGGCCGGCAUUACAGCGGUCGAGGUUGAUGCUAGGGAUGCAAUGGAUAAGAUCCAGGUCAAGAUACAAGCUGCAGUGAUUGCAUCUCCUUCAUUUGAUAUCUCUGUUGGCGCGCGCUUGCGCAAUGUUAGAGUUGACUAGAUUAUUUUAUAUAUUUCAUAGUUCACUAUUACUUUUACGUUGGAAUGUUAUUGGUUACAAA